UGUUCAAUGGGUUGUAGUGGAAAAAGAAAAAAAAUUAAAUCUAUCAAAUAAUCGGAUUGUUUUUCCGUCUUGUUUUGUUUUUUUUUCACGAACAUUCGGACGAUAAUACAGUUUUCGUGAUUGAAGGGGAAAGAAACAUUUGUGUUGGCGGAAAAUUCGGGUUUCCAUUCGUGAUUCGAUUAAGGGUACGUUGAUUUCUGCGUGUGAGGUUGAUAAUCGAAACAGAGACAUAAACAUGAGCGACCCUCGACCAGACGGGGUGGAUCCGUGCGAACCGGGAGCAUGUGAGGAAAGUUCCCUGAUAACGACUGAUUCGUUCGAAGAGUUUUCCCAUGAGAUAAACAGUCUUCCGGCGGUCCAGGAAAAUGUGAACCAGCAACAAUUGGAGAGCGACACCAAUGAACCAAUGACCACUUCAGACGAUAAGAUAUGCGAGGAUGAUCAUGAAAGUGUGUCGAACGAUGGCAAUAUAACCAGGGUGCAAGACGGUAUAAGCGCAGAUCAUCCGGUUGACGGCGCGAUGAGUAAAUCGAGUUCGUUCAGCAGUGCGAAAAGUAGGGAAUUCGAUGCUUCGACCACAAGUCUUGCUGAAACGACGGAACCAAGCAGCAGUGGUAAUGUAACGGCCGGGGCAGAGCUGGAAUCCGGUGACUAUCUACACGAUGCUGAGUUCCUGAACCGCAAGCGGCAUGUUUUCAUUUUGAGCACGGCCGGGAAACCAAUCUACUCGAUGCAUGGCAAUGAGGAUAAGUUGGCCACCUUGUUCGGGGUGAUGCAGGCGUUAGUUAGUUUUAUCCAAAGUGGCAACGAUACGAUCAAAUCGAUUCAUGCCGCCGGUGUAAAGUUCGUAUUUUUGGUCAAGUCACCCCUUAUAUUGGUUGCGGUCUCGAGGACAUCGCAUAGCGUGCAGCAAAUACAGUUACAAUUAACUGACGUGUACAACCAAAUUCUCUCCACGCUUACGCUUAGUCAUAUGAUAAAAACGUUUGAAAGGCGAAAAAAUUUCGAUCUUCGUCGGUUGCUGGCGGGAAGCGAACGGUUGAUCGAUCACCUACUGGUCAGUGAUAAGUGCGAUCGGAAACUAGUGUCAAACAAUCCGUUUAGCUUUAUGACACACUCGGUGCGUAUAUUGCCAUUGCAACCAUCUGUGCGGGAAACGAUCGUUUCCGCCAUCCAGAGCAACUGUGGCAAGAUCAAGAACCUGGUGUUUGCAGUAUUAAUUGCCAACAACAAGUUGAUUGCGCUCGUGCGCAUGAAGAAGUAUUUUAUCCAUCCGGCCGAUUUGCGGCUCAUCUUUAACCUAAUCGAAUGUUCCGAGAGCUUCAAGUCGGCGGAAAGCUGGACACCACUGUGUCUACCAAAGUUUGAUUCUAGUGGGUUUCUGCAUGCGCACGUUUCGUACCUUGCUGAAGACUGUCAGGCCUGUCUUUUGUUGCUAUCGAUAGAGCGGGAUGUCUUCUACACACUGUCCGAGGCCAAGCGAAAAAUCACCGAGAAAUUACGUCGAAGCAACUGUCUGGAAGCAAUCAACGAUGCAAUCAAUAACAAAGGAAUAAAGUUGUUAAACAUUGGCAUUCCGGAGAUACGACACUUUCUGUACAAAAGCAAAUCGAACGCGCAGCUACUCUGCUCCGAACUUACGGUACCGUAUUCCAGCGGAGAACAGUUCAAACGUCUGGAGGGAAUGUACUUUCAGCUGCAUCAUCGCAUACACAAUUCCGGUCGACCAGUGAAGUUGAUCUACCAGAUGAAGGAAAAGGAAGUGUUGCUUGCAUGGGUGACGCAAGCAUAUGAACUGUUUGUAACGUUUGAACCGACUGUUGAGAAGAACGAAGUCAUCAGUCUCGUAAAUAAGUUGCUAAAGUGGAUCAAGAAGGAGGAAAACAGCCUGUUUAUACUUUCUGCGCCAACGUUCUAGGAGUCACUGUCUCUGUCGCCACUGUUGCAAUUCUUUUCGUUCUCACAAACAAGCUGGCCGACAGAGAUGGCAUCGUGCACGCAGGAAUGAAUUUUCCACCCCCGGUUAGUUAUUCACCCUCCUCUUAUACUAUUAUGUACGAUUUCAAAGUGAUGGUGGUUGGUGUCUGGUGCAACGUACUUUACUUCCGCUAUCGUGAGGAAAAGAAGCAAGUUCGCAGCUGUAGGUGAUAUAUACAAGUAUAAUGAGAAGUGUAGAAAGAUAGGGAAGAAGUGGGUAGAAGUCAACAUCAACUGCAGAGCAAUUAAAUUGAACCUAUUUUGUAAAUAUUUAUUUAUAAAAUAAGCUAUACAUGUAUAACAUCUUGGCAUUCCGUUUCGGACCGGACCAACCAUGUGUUGGUAUGUUAACAAUCAAUUUCUGUUUAUUGUGCCUACGACGGGAUAGCGUUGUUUAAUUGUUGAACAAAUUAGGAUAAAUCAAUCGGAGUAAACUAAUUGCACCAUAUACAGCUGUAUCGGGUCUGUCAAUGGCCGUAAAUGACUAAUACCAAAAUGUAAAAAAAGACGAAACCAACUUAGAAUAAUGAAAUGCAAGCGUAACGUAACGACUAAAUACUCUGUAAGAGAAACCAAACGUUAGCAUUUUCGACCUUUUUGUGAGUUCAUUGAAGUGAAAUAUAAAAAAGACAAACCAAUACUAAAUAAAGUGGAAACUGAUUAUCUAAAA